AUGCUGAUCACGAAUUCGGAAUUGAGCUAUGAACGCUUGAGAAAAGUCGCAAUGUCAAAAUCUCAAGCUUCGAAUAAACCCGAUACCCUCGUGACGGAAUCGUCCCACACAGCCAGCUCACAUUUGAGCAUCGACAGUGACAGCGCUCAAUUGACACAUCGCAAACUUCAUCACAGACACGUUCUUUUGAUAGGUAUUUCUGGGGUCAUUGGAACGGCACUAUUUGUAAGUAUAGGCAAGGCCUUGUACCAUGGAGGCUCGGUUUUCCUCUUAUUGGGAAUGGCCCUAUGGUGUAUCCCAAUCCUCUGCAUUACGGUUUCCACAGCAGAAAUGGUGUGUUUUCUGCCAUUGGAUUCGCCAUUUCUGAGAAUAGCUUCAAGGUGUGUGGACGACGCAAUGGCAAUAACAGCGGGGUGGAACUUCUGGUUUCUGGAGUGCGUGCAAAUACCUUUCGAAAUUGUCGCAGUAAACACCAUAAUUCACUACUGGAGAGAUGAUUACUCGGCCGCAAUUCCUCUUGUUGUGCAGGUCUGUCUGUAUCUAGCCAUCAGCUUAUUUGCAGUGCGGUACUAUGGGGAAAUGGAAUUUUGGCUUGCCAGCUUCAAACUCUUCCUAGCUGCAGGACUUUUUAUGUUCACGUUCAUUGCCAUGCUGGGAGGAAAUCCUCAAAGAGACAGAUUUGGGUUCCGGUACUUUUCGGACGCUCCCUUCAAAGAGUACUUCCCCACAGGCCACAAGGGCACGGCGUCUUGGGGAUAUUUUCAGGGCUUUUUGGCCUGUCUCAUUCAAGCUUCCUUUACCAUAGCGGGGCCCGACUACGUCGCCAUGAUCGCAGGGGAAACAAAACUACCGCGUAAAGUCUUGCCCGUUGCCUUCAGGCAUGUGUUCAAUCGACUCACGCUUUUGUUUUUGGGCAGCAGCUUGUGUGUUGGUAUCUUAUGCAGCGCAAACAAUCCCGACUUGACAGCAGCCAUUAAUGAAGCCCGGCCCGGCGCUGGCGCUUCUCCUUACGUGAUUGCAAUGAAGAAUCUGGGGAUCAGAGCUCUCCCGGACUUGGUCAAUGCUACGCUCAUCACCGCUGCGUUUUCGGCAGGAAACGCAUACACGUUCUGUUCCUCGAGGAUUCUGCACGGACUGGCAUUGGACGGUAACGCACCAAAGAUUUUCAAAAAAUGCAACAAGUACGGAGUCCCCAUUUACGCCGUGGGUGUGUCUUUGUUAUGGGGGCUAUUGAGUCUUUUGCAACUGAAUUCCAACAGCGCAGUGGUUCUGAACUGGCUAAUAAAUCUGAUUACGACUUCUCAGCUAAUCAAUUUCGCCUUUCUGUGCACAACCUAUCUCUACUUCCGGCGUUCCUACAGGGCUCAGAGAACGAGCUUGCCACCACUUCCUUUCAAGUCCUGGGGCCAACCUUACACCGCCAUGGUCGGUCUAGUGUCGGUUGCAAUCAUGACGCUCGUGCAAGGAUACGCAGUUUUCUAUCCCUCGCUGUGGAAUGUCCAGGAUUUCCUUUUUUGUUAUCUGAUGUUGUUUCUGAACCUGGCCGUUUACCUCGUCUACAAGCUGUUCGUGACCAAGGGCAGAUCAUGGCCUCGAAAUCCUAAAGACGUUGAUCUGAUCACAGGUUUGCCCGAAAUCGAGCAGCAUGAGUUGGACCAUGGGUUCACAAAAUACGCCUUUUUCACUACAUGCCGAUCCUCCAGCGUGUGCACCAGCGACAUGGAGGUCAGCAUGGGUGCUCUGCCCAUAGACAGUCGAGAACACUUGUAG